AUGUCAUUGAUCAUUUCUUUUAGGGAGUCCAUGAGUGAGCUGUACUUCUUGACUUGGUCUGUGGCUGCUGAGCUCUUGCUCUUCAAGGCCAUGGCUUAUGAUCAGUAUGUAGCAAUCUGCCAGCCGCUGCAUUACAGCAAGAUGAUGAGUAGGGAAGUUCGUGUCUCCUUGGCUGUGGCUGUGUCAUUUGGUGCCACAACGAAUACCAGCCUCUUGUUGAGGUUGUCAUUCUGUGGUCCCAGUGUGAUCAGUCAUUUUCUCUGUGAGAUACUGGCUCUGCUGCCACUCUCUUGCUCAUUCACAUAUGUGAAUGAUGUCAUGACAGUUGUGGCUGACAUAUUCUUUGCUGUCCUGAAUUUCCUGCUUACCAUGCUGUCUUACGGAUUCAUCGUCUUCAGCAUCAUGGCAAUCCAGACCACAGAGGGCAAAAAGAGAGCUUUUUCCACCUGCUCCUCUCAUCUCAUUGUAGUGACCAUGUAUGACUCCACCAUAAUCUAUGUUUACCUAAGCCCAGUCUCCAACUACUCCCCAGACAAGGGCAAGAUCAUAGCUGUGCUUUACUCUGCAGUGAGUCUCACCUUGAAUCCUCUUAUUUAUGCUUUGAGGAAUAAGGAUGUCAGGAGGGCCCACAGAAAACUCUUUAUCUUUGUCAAGGGGAAAUUAUAA